AUGAAUCACAAGUUUAAUGCGCGCUUAGCUGAUGAAAAUGAGAGUCUAGGUGAUAUUCAAUUUUGGUCAGAUAAUAAAGAGGAAAUUCCGCUGUUUAAAACAGACUUGUUAACAUUUGUUGCCUAUAUUCGCUACGACAAGAUCCCCGUAUAUUUAAUCAGUAGCCGUCCGUUUUCAAUAUUUACCAAUAAUACUAAUACGAGCAACUAUUUCGAGAGAAAGUUGGUUCAGAAAUCAUUGAUUAAUCAAAUUGGUCUUGGUCUUCUUGCAAAAAAAGGGGCUACAGAGGGUGAAUACAGUGUGUUUUAUUAUGAUGAUCUGCAAGUUAAAUCGUUUACUAUAAAUUUCAAUUUUUUGGAAACCGUUCAAGAAUUCAUAGCAAAUAAGAAAUAUACUUUAAACUCUUUUAUCACUAACGAUAGACAAGCCCCUAAUGAAGCAAUAUUGAAAAGCUUUGAUAAAGCAUUGGAAAAAAGACUAGAGCCAAAUCCAUUCAUCUUGAACGAGAAGAAGAAGCAUUCAAACUCGCUGGUAUUGUCGACGCCUGAACAAAUCAAUACCGCAGUGACCAAAAUUAUUCUGUCAGGGUUGAGGAUCCGUGGGUUGUCCGUGAGUCUGGCUACGUCAGUUAAUGAAAAACUCAAAAUAAAAGAGAUUUACCAGAUGACGCAAAGAGCAACAUUGUUCUCGCUAAGAAAGUACAAUGACACAAAUGUCAAGAAACCAGGUUCAAAGAGACACCCAAUAACGCUAUCGGAGUUGCAGGAAAUUGUCGAAAAUUUGUUGCACUUGUUCAUUGACUUGGAAUGA